AUGAUCGUGGAGGAGAAAAGUUUUGUCCCGUUCGAGGGUCUUCUGUACGGCCGAAUGUCUUUCCACGGUUUCAACCCCGAAGUGGAGAAACUUAUGGCGCUGAUGAAUCCUACCACGGGGCAACGGCAACUCGACCCCGCUGACGUUGGUCGCAUGCAGACGGACGUGACGGAUGAAGAGAUGGCGCUCAGGUACGAGAGUUUAGUGGGAAGCCUGAAGAAGAAGUUUGCUCGCAAGAGAGACCGAAACGACAUCCCAGACGCAGACGACAACCUUGACGUCAACCAAAACGCGCUGGAGAACAAAAACAAGAAAAGGUUCCUUAAGCCUUCCGAUUGA